AUGUUUUUGGCGGAUCGCCGUGGCCACUUGACGAAACGGAUCGUCGUGGAUUAUCGGGCGGACAACAAGAACAUGCAGCCCGUCGCUUUCCGCAUGCCGGACGCCUUGCAGAUCUUCAACAACCUGGAGGGGGGCGAGUUUUUCGGGUGCUGUGAUCUUGCAAUGGGCUACAACCAGGUGAAGCUGAGUACACGGAUGCAGCAGAUUUUGGCCGUUGUCGGACCCGACGGGUGUUACUACCCUACGCGGCUACCCUUGGGGCCAUCCCCUGCGCCUGCAUUUUUUCAGAAACAGACAGCGUCGGUCUUUGAGGACGUUUGCGACGGCGUCUUCAUUGACGACCUGGUGUACAAAGGCUCCAGCUUCGACGACUUCCUCGUCCGAACCCGUAAACUCUUCGAACGCUGCCGCGCGACAGGCUUUGCGCUCUCGCUGAAGAAGUCAGUAUUCGGCAAACGGGAGGUCGAAGUGCUUGGGUUUCAAGUUAGUAAGCAAGGAAGAAAACCUACUCCGCGGAAAGUUGAACAGUUGAAGCAAUGGCCCGAGCUGGAGAGUAAGGACGACCUGGUUAGUUUUUUGGCGUUUGUGAACUAUCUCCGUGAGUUUAUACCAGACUACCAGCGGCACCGAGGACCCCUUGCGCCCUACACCAAGAAACAUGGGAAGAGCUUCACCCAGUACCAGCACGACAACGAGGCGCAGCACGCAGUCAAAGCUUUGAAGAACAGUAUUGCUGUAGACGUCCCGCUUCGCUCGAUUGAUUUUAAAGCUGCUCGAGACUGGCGCAAUACCGGCCGGCCAGUCGUUAUCCUCUGCGAUGCAAGCCGAUUUGGUAGGAGCUACACGAUCGCCCAAGCAGAGCGGUCCGGCGGCCCAUUACGCCCCUGCGUCGUAAAAGGUGUCUCCUUCAAUGAGACGGAGCAGGCUUGGUCAGUGUUGGAACAGGAACUUUCCGCCGUGAAACUCUUCGUGGAGGACGGCUUCCGGUAUGUUGAAGGCCUCGAGAGCUUCCUCAUGUUUGACCACGAAAACCUUGGCCGACUUGAUGACCUGGUGGGCAAUCAGCGCGUGCAGGACAAGGUGCUGCGAUGGCUCGAGGCAGUCAAGUACAAGCUGGACAGUAGUGCGAUCCACCGGGUGUACAUCAGUGGCAUCAUCAACGUCAUAGCUGACGCAGCCUCCCGGCACCCU